AGCUAGCAAUGGAAACAUAUGAAAUGGUGGGUGGUCUGUUGGACUGCUGGGGAAUCUGAGGUGCAUUCGUUUUUGAUUUGGAGUGAAAAAGUACAGUAAAACCCUGAUAAUUUGACAUCUAAUUAUUUGGAAGUCUUGAUUGUUCAGCAACUGGCUCACGUAUUAGCACUAGUAACAGAAUGAGUCUAUUUUGAUCCAUUUCGCCAUUUUCUGUGCUGUGAAGUGCAAAGUAAAUUAGAGUGUUGUUUAGUUUGCAUCAUAUCUUUAUUUUAUCAAGCCAUCCUCUAUUCAUUAUGGAUUCUAAUGUGAGUAAUGAUGGUAGAGAUGGUAAAAUUGUAAAAAGGAAACAUAUAACUCUGACAAUACAUCAGAAAUUGGAGAUCAUAAGACGGCUUGAGGAAGGUGAGAAUCGUCAUGUUAUCAUGAAGGAAUACAACAUUGGAUCCUCUACAAUAUAUGACAUCAAGAAACGCAAGGACAAAUUGCAGUUAUUUGUAGCUGAAUCAGAUACCAUUAAAGGAAUUGAUGCACGACAUACCUUGAAAAAGCCAAAGUUGUCUCAGUUAGAUUCUGCUCUGUAUAAUUGGUUUCUUGCUAAGCGUUCUGAAGGGAAGGCAAUAACUGGGCCUAUGCUCAUUGAAAAAGCAAAGGACUUUCAUCAUGAAAUGAAGCUAACUGAACAAUGUGCAUUUUCCGAAGGGUGGCUACGCAAUUUUAAAGAUCGUCAUGGUAUCCGUAAGCUUUCUGCUUCAGGAGAGUACAAAUCAGCUAAUCACGCAGUUGCAGAGGAAUUUGGUGAAUUUUUUAAAGCUUUAAUUCAAAAGCAUAAAUUGACACCUGAUCAAGUUUACAAUGCAGAUGAGACAGGGCUAUUAUGGCGUUGUUUGCCAAACAGUAUGUUAGCUGGCGGAGGUGAAAAAUGUGCUCAGGGCUUUAAAUUAAAUAAAGACAGGAUCACAGUCCUUAUUUGUGGUAAUGCUUCUGGUAGACAUAAACUGAAGCUUUUUGUUAUUGGUAAAUACAAGAAAUCUAGGGCUUUCAAUGGUAUCACUUAUUUACCUGUUAUCUAUGAUGCUCAAGAAAAUGCUCGGAUGACUACGGAGCUCUUCAAAGAAUGGUUUUUUCAUCAUUUUGUUCCAGAGGUCAAAGAAAAUUUUAAAAGGCUGGGUUUACCUGAAGAUAGCACAGCUAUUCUUCUAUUAGAUAAUUGUAAGGCACAUCAUCCUGCUUCAGAACUUGUUUGUGGGAAUAUUUCUGCUGAGUACCUGCCUGCCAGUGUCACAGCACUAAUCCAACCAAUGGAUCAGGGGGUGAUUCAGAGAUUCAAAACUGCUUACAAGGGAUCUUUUAUUCAAAAAUUACUGAAUUCUAAUUGCAUAAUACAAGAUUUUCAAGCUUCAUUUAAUCUUAAAGAUGCUAUUUAUGCUGCUGCUUUAGCAUGGAAGGAUGUCUCAAGUAUAACCUUGCAAAGAUCAUGGAGGAAAAUAUGGCCAAGUGUAAAAUUUGGGGCCUAUUCUAUUGAUGAAGAAGAGUUUGAAGGAAUUAGUGCUAGACAAACUGGUCUAAGAGACAUUUUGAAAAUAAUGGAAGAUGCUCCUACUGAAAAUCCUGUCAGCAAACUCACAGAAGAAGAAAUGGAGGAAUGGUUUGAUGAAGAUGGGGAUCCAGAAGUAGUUGAAAUUGUAACUGAUGCACAAAUGAUUGACAUGGACUUUAAUCUUAAUAAGGUCAAGGUAAUGGAAGAAGAAGAAAAUAACAAGGUACAAGAAGAAGGAACUAGAUAUACCUGGCAACAGGCUACAGAAUUUAUAACAAAGUUUGUGGAAUUUGCGGAGUAUAAUAACCAGUACAGUGCUGCAGAAGUAAUGAACUUACAUAUUAUACUGAAUAAUUUUUAUGAGAAAAAAGCAGCAUCGAAUAAACAGGUAGACCUCAGAGACAAUUUCAAAAAGGCAACCAGGAAGGCAGAUCCCAGUAGCCCUACUCCUUCAACUUCUUCAACACCAGAUCUAAUUAUCGUUUCUGAUAUUGAGCCUAAGACUGAAUAUUCCUAUUGACCGAUUGAUUGCCUAUGUUGAUGAUUAGUAGUGUAGCUACAGCAUUUUUUAGUUAUAAGGAAAUACUCAGUUUUUGAUCUAUUUUAUAAGUACAGUAUUGUACAUUAAGCAGAACUGAGCAUGUGCAUUUUGUGUACAAUUACAGUACUGUAGCUUGAAGUGAAAAUAGUUUUAAGUUCUGAUCAAUGGAUAAGUGCAGUAUACACUAUUGUUUAAAUGCUGUUAAAUAAGUUUCACACUAAUAUGCUGCCAUGGAUAACUUCUCAAGUCACCUCUACAAUAUUGGUGAGUAAAUGGUGGUACUGUACAUGUAUUGGAAUUUAUUACUGUAUUAUCAGUAAAAUUUUACAAUAUGUAGCACAUAUUAGAUAAAGUACAUGUAUUUACUGUAUUACUGUACUUACAAAUAUUAUGCUAUUGUGUAACAUGUAAAAAAAAGUUAAAUAAAAGUGUGUUGGCAUAACAUACAGUG